CAUCUAUUGUAUAGGCCGCGGACCAUAUGCACGAUGAAGCGUAUCCAUACACCGUAAUACCAGAUUUAGUGGACCAUUUUAUCGACCUUUUAGUAGGUCGGAGUCGAAAAUCUAGAUAAGGGCUUUUAAGAAGAAGAAAAAUAAUCGAGAGAAGAACAGAGAAGUGUUUAAUCGGUUAUAAUAUAGGUUAUGUAUAACCUGUAUAACACUUGGUAUCACGACGUUUUAGAAGACGCUAUUAUUGUUCAUUACAUUUGACGUUGCCCCGAACUCGACGAUUUACUGGUGUGCGCAACGAUAAACGGUUAUGAAGUUUUACUGCUAUAUCGAGAUCCACGACAGAACAUUAUCUGUCUGCUCGCAGAGAAGAUCACAGUCGAUCGUGGCAUUCACUAAGAAAUCAGUCGAAGAUGACUUAUACCUGUAUCUGCAGACACGACAGAACAAACAAGGCAUCAAGUACCAGAUUGUUAAUAAUGUAGAACAAGUGUUCACAAAGUUUAUCGCCGAUGGCAAAGUUACAAUAAGACUGAUACAACCUUGUCACGAUCUGAUAAUUCAGAGUGAUUCAAUUCAAUUGAAAAGCUUUCUUCGUAUAUUGAAUCAAAUAAUAAAUAGACAUUCUCAGCAUGAUGUUCUCAUAAACCAGUAUACAGUUAUGCCUAAUGUGUUUUUCAACUCGAAUCAAUUCUCCCUGGGAAAAGUCAAAGUGGUAGUGAAGAAAAAGUCUGAGUAUCCAACCUUACAGGGUUUCCCAAGAACUACAGAGCAACUAAUUUUAAGUGGACUGAGCAGAAAGUCAUUUGAUCGGCAAAUUUUGCAUUUGCAAAGUUUAAGAAUUCUGGAUUUGUCAGACAAUAACAUCUCCUAUUUACCAAAGGAGCUAGGCACCUUACCUCAUCUUCAACAACUUCUACUGUCACAAAAUAAUCUUGGAAAAUCACCUAGAUUGAAGUGGAAAUGGCUAGAACAAACUGCCAUUAAGCACAAUUUGCAUUUCUUAGAUAUAAGUAGUAAUUCACUAACUGAAUUGCCAAUACAGAUUAGAAACCUAAAUGCCUUGGUACAUCUAAAGGUUAGCCAAAAUGCAUUGACACAUCUACCACAUAAUAUUAGAACUCUACGAAACCUGAGAAUUUUGGAUGUAGCAAAAAACCGUUUGUUGUAUUUACCAGUGACCAUCACACAUCUGCGAUUACAGCUUUUAGAUAUUACAGAGAAUUCGUUUACUAACGACAUUAAAAAUUAUGUGUAUGGAAACGAUAGUACAAUGACAGUAAGGAUGAAAAGUCUUGUCGAAUGGUCAGCUAAGAGCAUUCUGAAGUCUAGGAUAAUGUAUGAUGCAAGUAUAAUACCAUAUACAUUGGUGGAUUAUUUGGAUGAAGCAAAAUGCUGCCACUUAUGUAGAAUUGCUUGUUUUAAUUGUUACACAAGGAAACUGAUAUAUGUACCUCUAUCAUGUGCCGAGAUAAAAAAGUCGAUGCAUACAGCUUUUAAAUUUGAAGCUUAUUUCUGUUCGUCACUUUGUGCUAAAUAGCCUCUAUUUCUAUAAGUAGACUGCCAACUUCGCCUCUUUGAAGACAGCGCUGGGCAGCGACAUAUUUGAAUUCUCUCGCUCACACAUGUAUAAAUUACAUGGAUAAAUUCACACGAUACUCACAGACAAGACGCACACAUAUAGGAACUAAACAAGGACAUCUCGGAAUCAGAUUCAUCUCUUUCUAUCACAUUGAGUCAGCAGUCUAUUUAUAUAAGUCUUACUACUGA